UUCACUUCUUGGCGUUCACAUCGAGGCACAGUCAACAGGCGACAGCAUCGAACCCGAAACGGAUCUUCCAGCGCAGUUUCCUCAACAAUAUUGCAUUUCAUUGCUGUUUGCAGCUCCAUAAAUUAGACAAUUCCGUUGUGGCGCAACAAAACGCGCACUAAAUAAAAGCCAAAAAAUCGUUUUCGCGCUCAAAUCUCGCCGCAGUCGCUAUUUGUUUAGCUAGAACAUUAUCCUCGUAUUUCUCUGGCUUUAGCUCAACAAGUCGAACAAAAUGAUGAAAUUUGUGCAAAUUCUGCUGUGCUACGGCCUGCUGCUGACCAUGCUCUUUGCCCUGAACGAGGCGCGCCCCUCCACAGCCGAGGCGGGCGCUGAUACGGAUCCACUGGAGACACCGGACGUUGAGGAUGUACGCGCCGCCGCCUACGCUGGCUACGAGAUGCCCGCCCAGGCCAUUUAUCCCAACAUACCCAUGGAUCGCCUCCAGAUGCUCUUCGCACAGUACAGACCCACCGCAUAUCUACGCACUCCCACCUACGGCAACAUGAACGAGCUAUACCGCUCGCCGGAGAGCAAGCGCCAGGUGAGAUACAGACAGUGCUACUUCAAUCCCAUCUCCUGCUUCCGGAAGUAAGUUUCUGGAGAACAGCCAAACAGCAAAACCAACUAACCCAAAGAAAAAAAUAAACAGCCCUUUGAAAAAUUAACAUUUCAAACUAUAAACUAGCCUAAUUCCAAUGCCAAUAUUUAGUGCGAUUAACUAAAGUUAAGACUCAGAAUUCUAUAUAAAUGUCUAUUCAAAUUUGUUUAACAGCAACAACAACAAAAUGCUUCACAUAAAUAUAUAUACUAUUUAAUAUGAUAAUAAACUUUGCACAUAAAUGAGGUUUAUGUUUUUGCACAUGGUUUUCCUUUUAAUUACGAUCCUUUAACAAAAACCCUUUGCUUGCAUAUGGUGUGGUAAAAUAAUAUACAAUA